CACUCCUUAAGUGAUCCCUUGUUUUAGCUUAUCUAGAGAGUGCAAAUGAGCAGGUUGGGGACCCACUGCCGCCCCAGCAAAAAUGCAGUAAAACCAUUAGCGUCAAAAGGGGCAGUACACAGCAGAUUGUCUGUAGAGGAAAGGCGGAGGUUUGUCCAGACAGCCCCCGCGGGGGUUGCGGUGCGAUAUGCUAAUAGUGCCUGGCCACUGGGGCCGGCCUCCCUCCCGAAAGAAUAUAUAAAGAACCCCAACCCCAGCUUGUCUACCCAGGCCAACAGGCGUCUGCCCUUGUUAAUUACCGGAGCGACAGACUAGGGAGCUCCGCCCGGGAUUUGCCCGUCGGCGGAGGCGCCAGGCUCCCGUUUCUCCCCAUCCCUCUCGCUGCCGUCCAGGUGCACCGCCUGCCUCUCAGCAGGAUGGACGUGAUGGAUGGCUGCCAGUUCUCACCAUCUGAGUACUUCUACGACGGCUCCUGCAUACCGUCCCCCGAAGGUGAAUUUGGGGACGAGUUUGUGCCGCGAGUGGCUGCCUUCGGAGCGCACAAAGCAGAGCUUCAGGGCUCAGACGAGGACGAGCACGUGCGAGCGCCUACCGGCCACCACCAGGCUGGUCACUGCCUCAUGUGGGCCUGCAAAGCCUGCAAGAGGAAGUCCACCACCAUGGAUCGGCGGAAGGCAGCCACUAUGCGCGAGCGGAGGCGCCUGAAGAAGGUCAACCAGGCUUUCGAAACCCUCAAGAGGUGUACCACGACUAACCCCAACCAGAGGCUGCCCAAGGUGGAGAUCCUCAGGAAUGCCAUCCGCUACAUCGAGAGCCUGCAGGAGUUGCUGAGAGAGCAGGUGGAGAACUACUAUAGCCUGCCGGGACAGAGCUGCUCGGAGCCCACCAGCCCCACCUCCAACUGCUCUGAUGGCAUGCCCGAAUGUAACAGUCCUGUCUGGUCCAGAAAGAGCAGUACUUUUGACAGCAUCUACUGUCCUGAUGUAUCAAAUGUAUAUGCUACAGAUAAAAACUCCUUAUCCAGCUUGGAUUGCUUAUCCAACAUAGUGGACCGGAUCACCUCCUCAGAGCAACCUGGGUUGCCUCUCCAGGAUCUGGCUUCUCUCUCUCCGGUUGCCAGUACCGAUUCACAGCCUGCAACUCCAGGGGCUUCUAGUUCCAGGCUUAUCUAUCAUGUGCUAUGAACUAAUUUUCUGGUCUAUAUGACUUCUUCCAGGAGGGCCUAAUACACAGGAAGAAGAAGGCUUCAAAAAGUCCCAAACCAAGACAACAUGUAUAUAAAGAUUUCUUUUCAGUUGUAAAUUUGUAAAGAUUACCUUGCCACUUUAUAAGAAAGUGUAUUUAACUAAAAAGUCAUCAUUGCAAAUAAUACUUUCUUCUUCUUUAUUAUUCUUUGCUUAGAUAUUAAUACAUAGUUCCAGUAAUACUAUUUCUGAUAGGGGGCCAUUGAUUGAGGGUAGCUUGUUGCAAUGCUUAACUUAUAUAUACAUAUAUAUAUAUUAUAAAUAUUGCUCAUCAAAAUGUCUCCGGUGUUUAGAGCUUUAUUUUUUUCUUUAAAACAUUAAAACAGCUGAGAAUCAGUUAAAUGGAAUUUUAAAUAUAUUUAACUAUUUCUUUUCUCUUUAAUCCUUUAGUUAUAUUGUAUUAAAUAAAAAUAUAAUACUGCCUAAUGUAUAUAUUUUGAUCUUUUCUUGUAAGAAAUGUAUCUUUUAAAUGUAAGCACAAAAUGGUACUUUGUGGAUCAUUUCAAGAUACAAGAAAUUUUGGAAAUUCCACCAUAAAUAAAAUUUUUUACUACAAGAAA